AUGCCUUCAGAGUUAAUAUCAGAUUUAAAUACACCAUAUAUACCUGAGGAAGAUGAUUUAGCUUAUGAAGAAGAUGUAAAACGUAAUCCGCUGGUGGUGAGCAGUUGGAUUAGAUAUUUAGAUUACAAGAAAGAGGCGCCACAAUCCGUUAGAAACAACAUCUAUGAAAGAGCAGUCAAACACAUGCCGAGAUCAUACAAACUAUGGCAUUCUUAUCUAAGAGAACUGGUUGUAUGUGUCAGAGGAAGAUGUAUUGUAGAUCCAUCAUUCGAUAUUGUUAACAAAGCAUUUGAACGUUCAUUAAUAUUCUUAGAUAAAAUGCCUAGAAUUUGGAUAGAAUAUUGUCAGUUCUUAGUUUCACAAUCAAAGAUUACACAGUCUAGAAGAACAUUCGAUAGAGCAUUGAGAGCACUACCCAUUACUCAACAUGAAAGAAUAUGGGUACUAUACAUUGAUUUCGUUAUGCAAAUCGGUAUUAGAGAGACUGCCAUUAGAGUAUAUAGAAGAUAUUUAAAGAUUGAUAAUUCGAAAAUAGAAGAUUAUGUUGAAUAUUUAAUAAAGAUACAAGCUUGGAGAGAAGCAUCGGAACAACUAUUGAAUCUUUUGAAUAGAGAUCACUUUGUUUCAUAUAAAUCAAAGUCAAAACAUCAGUUGUGGUUGCAGUUGUGCGAUAUUCUCGCUAGACACCCGCAAGAGACAUCCGGUAUCGAUGCCGACCCCAUUAUCAGAGCAGGUAUCGCACAGUUUAAAGAUCAGGCUGGAAAGCUGUGGACGUCACUCGCCGACUACUAUACACAGCUGGCACAGUUUGACAAGGCACGUGAUAUCUACGAGGAGGCAAUGAUCAAGGUUUCCACUGCACGUGACUUCUCACAUGUCUGGGAGGGUUACACUUCGUUCGAAGACAGUCUUAUUGCCGCUGCACAAGCGAUAGUCGACGAUGCAAUGACAAACAACGAAGAUGUGAGUGACACAGUGCUCGACUUGGAGAUGUCGCUGGCGCGAUACGAGCGACUCAUCGAGAGACAACCGCUACUGCUCAGCUCGGUUCUACUCCGUCAGAAUCCACACAACGUUGCCGAGUGGCACAAGCGCGUCAAGCUCUACACUGGCAAUCCAAAGAUGAUAGUCGAUACCUAUGCGCAGGCCGUUGCCACAGUCGAUCCACAGCACGCCAAGGGCAAGCUCUACACGCUGUGGGCUGCAUUCGCGCAGUACUACGAAGCUCACAACAAGCUCGAUCAGGCGAGAAAGAUCUUUGAGCGCGCCACUAAAGUACCGUACAAAACGGUGGACGACCUGGCAUCGCUCUAUUGCGAGUACGGUGAGAUGGAGUUGAGACAUGCCAACUAUGAUACGGCACUCGAGAUUCUGAGGCGUGCAACUAUAUCGCCACGCCGUCCAACUCACAUUCCAGACACGGAACCUGUUCAAAAACGUAUUUGGAAGUCUUUGAAGCUCUGGACAUUCUAUGUCGAUCUCGAAGAGUCGUAUGGCACAUUCAUCAACACCAAGUCAAUCUACGACAAGAUGAUUCAACUAAAGAUUGUCACACCUCAGACCAUCCUAAACUAUGCAGAGUUCCUCGAGGAACAUAAGUAUUUCGAGGAUUCAUUCAAGGCAUACGAACAGGGUGUUGCACUCUUCCCAUUCCCCAAUGUCCAAGAUAUCUGGGUGACCUAUCUAACGAAGUUCAUUAAUCGCUACGGUGGAGCCAAGUUGGAACGUACCAGAGAUCUCUUUGAACAGGUUCUCACCAAGGUUCCACCUAAAGAAUCAAAGAUAUUCUAUCUGAUGUAUGCCAACGUAGAGGAACAAUUUGGUUUGGCAAGACAUUCGAUGGUAGUCUACGAUCGCGCCACUCGCGCUGUCGCACCAGAGGAUCGUUUCAAUAUGUAUCUAUUGUAUAUCAACAGAACCACCGAGUUCUACGGUUUGACCAAGACCAGAGAGAUCUAUACGCGUGCCAUUGAAUCGUUGCCCGAUGAUAAGGCACGUGAUAUGUGUAUUCGUUUCGCCGACAUGGAGAGAAAACACGGUGAGAUCGAUCGUGCCAGAAGCAUAUACGUGCAUGGCGCUCAAUUCUCAGAUCCUUCGACAUCCUCUAUUUUCUGGAAGUCGUGGAUCGAGUUUGAGAAGCAUCACGGUAACGAAGAGACCUUCACAGAGAUGUUGAGAAUUAAAAAGUCGGUCGCUGCACAGUACAACCAAAUAAAUAUCACCAAUAUCGAAAUGAUGAAUCAAGCCCAAAAGGAGGAGAUUGCAGAGAGAAUUAAACAACAACAGCAAAUCGCAGAGAUGGAAAAGAAAGCUCAACAAGAAAGAGAAAGAGUUAGUCAACCAACAUCAUCAUCAUCAACUAAAACAAAUAUUAAUCAAUCGAAACAACCAACAACUAUUGCACAACAAGCUUUAAAGAAUGACGAUGAAAUUGAUAUCGACGAUGAAGAUCAAGAUGAUGAUGAUGAAAAUAAUGAUCACACCACUUCAAAGUUUAAUUUUGAACAAAAACAAAUACCAGCUUCUUUAUUUUCAAGUAAUAUAAAAUAA